AUGGCUCUAUUGAGCGUUACAAGGUGCCUUGAAGGUGUCGAUUAUCAUGACACUUAUGCUCUGGUGGUGAAACUUGUCCUUGUUCGUGUUUUACUUGCUAUCACCACUGCUCAAGGGCGGCCUCUUCAUCAAAUGGGCAUCAACAAUGCGUUCCUCUAUGGUGACCUCAAUGAAGAGGCCUACAUGAUGCUACCACCAGGCUGUCGCCAAAAAGGGUCGUCAAUGGACAGUGGUUAUACUGGUGUUCGCCUUGCAACUACCCCCAUGGAACAGAAUCUCAAGCUCACUAAUGACUUGGGUGAUCCUCUAUCAGACCCUUCUUUUUAUCGACGACUGGUGGGGCGUUUGAUUUAUCUCAGUGUCACACACCCUGACAUUGUUCAAGAUCAUCAUUCAUUGACGGUGAACAGAGCCAUGAUCGUGACGACAUCACAGCUUGUGACAGAUGAUCAGGUGAAGGAGAUGAUACCUGGGAAUGGUGUGAUGAAAGAUGGGCUUGGUACCCAUGUGACUGCGAGCUUUGCUGCUGGGUUUGUAGCUGCGGUAGCGUCGAAUCCGGUGGAUGUGAUUAAGACAAGGGUGCUGAAUAUGAAGGUGGAGGCAGUGGUUGAGCCGCCCUAUUCCAGGGCCAUGGAUUGUGCUUUGAAGACAGUGAGGACUGAGGGUCCAAUGGCUCUGUAUAAGGGUUUUAUUCCCACGAUAUCAAGGCAAGGCCCCUUUACUAUGGUUUUGUUCGUGACGCUUGAGCAGGUUCGGAAGCUGCUCAAAGAUUUCUCUCUCAGAUAGAUGAUGAAGAAGAGCAUUUCUCAUUAUUGAGAUGAAAAUGGAAAAUUAGUAAUAAUGAUUCAAUUUGGGGGUUUUAACCUUUAAGAUCCCUGAAGUCUGAGAAUUAGGAACUAGGAAGUGGAAACUACUGUAAUCAU